AUGAGCAACAUCGCGUUCAGAGACUCGAGCGUCGUCAUCAUAGAGACGGGAUGUACGGCUAUACGUGCGAUUCGUGGGUUGGCGGAGUUGAUUGAGAGGCCGACUGUUGAGGUUGAGGCGCGCGUUGGGUUGAGGCGGACGAACGAGGAGAAUGGUUUUGGUAAUGGACAGUCGUCGACGUCGAAGGCACAUUCGCAGCCGAAGGUGAAUGAUUAUCUUGUGGGGAGGCAGCUUGAUGAGGCGCUUGCGGCGGGAAUGGAUGUUGUUGUGUCUUGGCCGUUUGAGGAUGGGGGUAUUAAGGAUUACGUUGCUGCUGAGGCUCUUUGGAAAUACGUUCUAUUCAACCAACUCGGACUCAAACGUACACAAAACGAGUCUCCAGCGAUCCUAACCUUCCCCCACGGACUCUCUCGAGACACAUACGAGAGGAUCUGCCAAAUCUUCUUCGAGAGGUUCAACAUGGCCGCCUUGAGUAUCCUCGAACGACCACUUUCGCAGCUAUACGCUGCGAACUCGCUUAACGGGAUCGUUAUUGAUAUAGGCCAUCAUAGGACAGACGUCGUACCGAUAUACGAAUGUGCAGUCCAACAUAAUUGUUCAGACCAUACGCCUAUUGGGUUAGCAGAUUGUGAAGCGUACUUGGCGAGUUUGUUACGGAAUAACGAACAACUUGUUUCGACGCUCUCGCCUCCGGAGGCUCCACUAACGGAUGAAGAGCUACAGACACAACUCCUUGCACUCGUUCGACAAAUUUGGCAUGAAGGACACGUAAAGCUGGGAGAAGCAGAAGUAGCAAGUGAAGAAGAAGGCGUAACGAACAUCGCUGCCGUCCUCGUCGCAGGGAAAGAAAAAGCCGUCAUCGAGUCUAACCAAAAGAAACGCGCUACGCAGAAAGCAAGUGCAGCGGAACAAGCACGAGCACGCGAGAUUGAGGCGCUCGACCUUAUCACUAUUGAUUUUAGAGAUAAACAGGUGACGGUUGGGAGGGAACGACAUCGGUUGUUGGACCCGCUUUUUGACCCGACGCGUUUGAGGGGUGUGAAUGGAUCGGAUGGGAAGACGUGGAGAGGGGGGGACUUGAUUCCUUUACAAGAUAUUUGUGGGUAUGCUGUUGCGAAGGCGGAUUUGGAUGCUAGGGUGUCGAUAUGGGAGGGGUUGUUUGUUACUGGUGAUUGUGCGAGUUUGGUGAAAGGAAUUGGACACGCCUUGCAAACCCGACUCGAACACUUCAUACUAGGAAAUCCCGACCACCAAAACGACGCGCAACCGAAACAAAUCCGCGUCCUCCACGUCCCAGAGUAUUUCGCAAACUAUCGAGAAAAGGGGGACGGACUGGCUGCUUUCCUCGGGGCCAGCAUUGUCGCGAAAAUCAUCUUCUCGGACCCAAAUAGUAAAAACUUUGUCUCGAAAGGAGACUAUGGGUCAAAGGGCCCGAAAGCCAUCAUAGAGAUGUCUGCUAGCCUCUUGUAG